GAUUUUGUUGUGUUUUGUUGUGUUCUGUAGGAAUUCAGGAUGAGGGAAAUUCAACUUGGUUCACAUACUGUGAUGUCUCAUGGGUAUACGGUUGCAAGAACACACAGGCAUGAUUGGCUUAUACUCCUGCUCCUUGUGAUACUUGAGAUCAUUCUAUAUAUUAUCCAUCCUUUCUAUCGAUUUGUUGGGAAGGAUAUGAUGACUGAUCUCAAAUAUCCCUUGAAGAGUAAUACUGUUCCUGUUUGGGCUGUUCCUAUGUAUGCAGUUUUAUUGCCUAUGUUGAUUUUUCUUUUUGUCUAUAUUCGAAGGAGAGAUGUCUAUGAUCUUCACCAUGCCAUGUUAGGCCUCUUGUUCUCUGUUUUAGUAACAGCAGUAAUCACUGAUGCAAUAAAAGAUGCUGUAGGUCGGCCCCGACCAGACUUCUUCUGGCGUUGUUUUCCAGAUGGAAAGGAUGUUUAUGACAAAUUGGGAAACGUCAUAUGUCAUGGUGACAAGAAUGUCAUAAAGGAAGGACACAAGAGUUUCCCAAGUGGCCAUACGUCAUGGUCCUUUGCUGGUCUGGGUUUCUUAUCUCUUUACUUAUCUGGUAAAAUAAAAGCAUUUGACCGCACAGGCCAUGUUGCCAAGCUUUGCAUUGUUUUUCUCCCUUUGCUUAUGGCAUCACUUGUUGGCAUUUCUCGGGUUGAUGACUACUGGCACCAUUGGCAGGAUGUGUUUGCUGGAGGUCUUAUAGGGCUUAUAGUAGCUACGUUUUGCUAUUUGCAAUUUUUUCCUCCUCCUUAUCACCAUGAAGGCUGGGGACCUUAUGCUUACUUUAGGAUGUUGGAGGAAACACGUGCUACUACUCACCCUCCUAAUGGUCAAAAUCAAAAUUCUGGCCAUGCACAGCCUACAGAAGUUCACGAGGAGAACCAGGAGGGUCAAAGCUGCCUUGGAUGUGUGGGUUUUUCUGUUGAAAGGGAUAAUCAUAAUGCAACAUUGGAUGAAAUGGAAUGUGGGAAUGUGAGAAAAUAGUUGUUGGGCAUCAUUUCUGACUUGAUCUGCUUCUCAAUGUUCUUUGUAGUUCACAUGGGAUUUUCUUCCCAAAUUUGUUGCCUUUUUGUGAUCAACAUCUUGUAGAGAACGAAUGAGUUGUGGCAGUAGGUGCAGUAAAACAUCUUGAUUACCUCUUU